GUUAAUCUGACGUGUAUCUGUGUGAAUGCACGGGCCGCAGGGUGUCUUACUGGUAAGGUGCAAAUGCAAGUAACAUGCAGAGAAACCACUUUGUGGAUUUUAUCAUUUUAUUUGAAGCUUUUGGCACAAAACUAACUCCAUAGAAGUAGCUGGUACCAAAAGCGAGUAGAGUCGAGCCGUACCGUACCAUGCAGUGGAAAAGUGGCUUUAACACAAUACCACCACUACGACCACAAAUGGCCUCCGCUCUUGGUCGACAUCUGGUUGCCUGUCUCCUUAACAUCUCUGAGGCCCGGCGGAGAGGUUUAGUGGAGAAGGUGGCCCGAGCAGCUAUCACUGAUAAUCAUGGAGGAAGACGGAAAGGCACGACAGUUCUCAAUAUCUUCAGUGACUACGACUAUAACCGAUCUGUCAUCACGAUUGUGGCCAGCAUUGAGCUUAUCAAAGAGGCAGUUCUCUCCGCAUGUGAGCAGGCAUGCUCAUUGAUUGAUAUGAAUGAGCAUGAAGGCAUUCAUCCCUGCAUGGGAGCUGUGGACCUCAUACCCCUCUACCCUCUUGGAGAGGAGGUGAAUUUGAAGGAUUGUGGGAGGGAGGCCCAAGCUCUAGCUGCUGCUCUCACCGAACGAGUGCUAGGCACCAGUGCAUUUUUCUUUGGCUGGGCUGAUGCACCAUUGCGCCGCGGUCUUGCUCAGAGGAGAAAGGAGAUGGGAUGGUUCCGGAAGGUUCCAAACGUAGCUGCCAUUCAGCCAGACAUUGGACCACAACCUACAAGACAAUAUGGACUAACAGGUAUUGGUGCCAGCCCUUAUGUGAUGAACUGCAAUGUAACCAUCGACACCCAGGACCUUGUCCUAGGCCGGGGCGUUGCUGCAGCCAUCCGAGAGUCCAGUCCAGGGGGUAUUCAGGGUGUCCAGGUCAUGGCCCUGCCCCAUGAGGGUACUAUAGAAAUCGCCUGCAAUGUAGAAAGUGUUCCGGAAGGCCCUCCAUCUGAUCUGGCUGCUGGCAUGGAACCAUGGCCAGCGUUCAACACUGGGGGUCAGAACUUCUAUCAUGCCCCAGCUUCACUAAUCACUGCCCAUGUAACGGAGUUGGCUGGCCGACAUGGGGUGGCUACCAAAGGUACAGCCUUGGUGGGUUUCACACCACUUGAGUGCAAGGGACUGGCUGAGAUGGCGCUGUCUCAGGAUAUUGGGGAGUUCUGGAAGAUGUUGCACAGCGUGCGAAUGUAAUUGCAAUGCUUUUACAACAAAUCAUAGUUUUUUUUUUUUUUUAUACAGACAUGCAGUGUAAAACUGUGUCCUGCAACAGUAUUAAGAAAUAUGUGCAACACAAUGUGAAUGUUAAUCUUCUAAAUUUUAGUAUAAAUAUAAAAAAUAUAUUUCAACAUUUUUUUAAAAAUACCUUUUAAAAGGUAUUUCUAUCAUUAAUAGAUAAUGACAUUUAUAACAAGCAACAAUUUUCAAAUACAUUUGAUAAAAUAUUCAAAUAUAAUUUGAAAAAUGUUAAUUUUUUUUAUAUAUAUUGUAAAGAAGUAUUUUUGAUCAACAUAACACACUGAUCUUUCAAUGUCAAUUAUACAUUAGGAAGUACAGUGUUUUUGCCCAAUGAAUUUGCUGUACCUGUUACAAAUAUAUUUGAUAUCAUGCUAAUGUUUUUUUAUUUUUAUUUUAGUCAGUGGCCUGUACAUGAAAAUUACACGCAGUGGUGUUAGAUGUCACAAAAGGCCAAAAUGUGGCACCUGACCCAAUUUUUGGUUUAGCAAGUAGUUAGGCAGACAGGUAUUUCAACUUUCAUGUAUGUAGUGAAGGAGUGUUCUUAUGAACCACAAAUGUAAUGAUUCAGCACUUUUAGUAUGUUCAAGGGAAGAAAAGGAAGCAAAGCAGUGUCUGUUAUUUAGCAUUUAGUUUUAAUUGCUGGCCUACUGUGCUUAGUGAUACUGUAUUGGGGACUUGUUAGGGACAAUGUUCUACAGUAUCGGUCUUGUUUGUGUGGGUGGAGGCUUCCUGUAGAUUUCAUGAAAAAGGAUGCCUGCUGACUCAUUGGACUAUUCAGUAGAAGGUCCAAUGCCCACAGGCAACGGUAAACAGAGUAUUUCAUUUGUGUCUGCCUGCCAUAACUGGCAAGUCAUACUCCCAUUUCAUCAUCUUGUGGUUACACACCCAUUUGGGCUCUGAGUUAUAGGCCAGCAUUUUUUGUGUUCAUGUGUGGUGGGAGACAGGACAAACAGACCACAGGGUUACACAGUUUGUUAAUUUCUAGUUUUAUUCCUAAUUAAAUAAACCUAUGUGUCAAACUA